GAUUUCGCUCCCGCCUACGUCACAUGACGCAGCCCAUCAUGGCGACGGCGGCAGUGGCGGCGGCAAUGCUGCUGCUGGGGCUCCGUGCUCCAGGCAGUGGCUGCUGAGAGGAAGGCGGCAGCGGCGGCGGAGGUAAAAGCCGCAGCCUCAAUAUCGAGCGACAGACUCUGCGACGCGAACGGGAAAGAUGCUGUUUCCGGAGCUGGAGCGUCGGGGGCGGACCAGGAGCCGGGCCGGGAUUUGGGAACAGCGAUUUGUUUUCAGGAGCCGGCGCGGGCGCCGCUGAAGCAGUCGAGGGAGGGAGGGGAGAGCGGAAAGGAGGGAGCACCCGCGGACCGACGGACCGGCACACAGCCUGACCGACAGGCCUAGGGAGCCGGGAUCCAACACCUGCCGGCUCCGGCCGCAGAGACCUCGCCGCAGCUGCCGCCUUCACUUGUUCGAAGGAGAUGCCGGGGCCGCUGGGUGCUCUUCGGCCGCCGACGCCUCGGCCACUGCUCCUGCUGCUGUUGUUGCUGCCGGGCGCCCGGGCCGCGCCACUUCCGCAAACAGGUGCAGGGGAAGCAGCUGCAGCAGAAGUGUCCUUACUUUUUGUGGUUCUGUCUAUAUGCAGUUUACUGACAUUGGUAGUGCUGAUUGUGAACUGUGUAUCCUGCUGUAAAGAUCGAGAAAUAGACUUUAAGGAAUUUGAAGAUAAUUUUGAUGAUGAAAUAGAUUUUACACCACCAGCAGAAGAUACACCCUCUCUUCAGUCUCCUGCAGAAGUUUUUACGCUUUCAGUUCCAAAUAUUUCCUUACCAGUUUCAUCCCAGUUUCAUCCUUCUUCAGAGGGAUUGAAGUCUCAAGUUGCACGCCAGAGUCUAAACUACAUCCAGGAAAUUGGAAAUGGCUGGUUUGGAAAGGUUUUGCUUGGGGAAAUUUACACAGGCACUAGUGUAGCAAGAGUAGUAGUGAAGGAGUUAAAAGCCAGUGCGAGUACAAAGGAGCAAGAUAAAUUUUUGAAAAAUGGAGAGCCAUACUACAUUCUUCAACAUCCAAAUAUUCUUCAGUGUGUUGGACGUUGUGUGGAAGCAAUCCCCUAUCUUCUGGUGUUUGAAUUGUGUGACAUGGGUGACCUAAAAACAUAUUUGUGCAGUGAACAAGAACAUAUUAAAGGAGAUUCACAAAUAAUGCUGCUACAGAGAAUGGCCUGUGAGAUUGCUGCUGGACUUGCCAUAAUGCACAAACAUCAUUUUGUGCAUAGCGACUUAGCCCUGCGGAACUGUUUUCUCACAUCUGAUUUAAAUGUAAAAAUAGGAGACUAUGAACUAGGACUUGGCAAGUACAAGGCGGAUUAUAUUGAAACGGAAGAUAAAAAACUUAUCCCCCUUCGGUGGACUGCACCAGAAUUGGUAACCAGCUUUCAAGAGAGAUUACUAACUGCAGAUCAAACAAAGUUUAGUAAUAUCUGGUCACUGGGUGUAACACUUUGGGAACUCUUUGACCAUGGUGCUCAGCCUUAUGCACACCUUUCUGAUGUCGAAGUUCUCCAGCAGGUCAUAAAAGAGAGGGACACAAAGCUCCCUAAACCACAGCUGGAGCAGCCCUAUUCAGAAAGAUGGUAUGAAGUCUUGCAGUUCUGCUGGUUACCACCAGACAAGAGACCAACAGCAGAAGAAGUACACAGACUACUAACUUAUCUUCGUAUGCAAAGCCAAAGGGACUCUGAAAUUGACUUUGAGCAGCAAUGGAAUGCUCUUAAACCAAAUACCAAUAACAGAGAGACUUCAAAUAAUGCUGCAUUCCCAAUACUUGACCAUUUUACCAGGGAUAGGCUUGGUCGUGAAAUGGAAGAAGUCCUCACAGUAACUGAAACAAGUCAGGGGCUUAGUUUUGAGUAUGUCUGGGAGGCAGCUAAACACGAUCACUUUGAUGAACGCAAUCAGGUCAAUCCUGAUGAGGCCAUGUCAUAUACAAGCAUCUUUUUCCCAGUUGAUGUUUUUGAAAGUUCACUUUCAGAUCCUGGACCAGGAAAGCAAGAUGAAAGUGGCCAAGAUGUGUCACUCAGGGCACCAGGGGUAGUCCCUGUUUUUGAUGCCCACAACCUUUCUGUUGGAAGUGAUUAUUACAUCCAGUUAGAAGAAAAAAGUGGUGGCAGCUUGGAUCUUGAUAACCAAUCAGCAGUUCUCACUACAGAAGUAGAUAAUCCUGAAACUCUAACUGACCACAGUUCCCAAUUUGUGGCACUCAGGGAUCUUGAUGAUGGGGAAUCAAAUACAGAUGGAGAUUUUUUCCACUACACUGGAGACCCUCAAGAUAUUGGUAUACCUGAAGAUUCACAUGUUGUUAGCGUCCCUGAAAGCCCUUUCAGUAAUAUAUUUAAUGAGCUUGACAAAUCAGAGGAUUUGCACAGUCAUCAAAAAAUAUUUGACCUAACAGAACUAAAUGGUAUUCAUGCUGAAUUUAAACCAGCUACUUUGAGCCCAACCUUAGAUGUGCCUAAAGAGACUCUAGUAACUGGCCAUCUAGAGAAAAAGAAUGUCCAUAAUAUUUUUGAUCAUGAUGCUAUUUGCUUAUCUGAAAGUCUUGUCCAUCAAAAUGAUUUUGACCCACUGAAUGUUCAAGAACUGUCAGAAAACUUCUUGUUUCUUCAAGAGAAAAAUUUAAUAAAAGACACAUUGUCUAGGAAAGAACAUGCAUGUGAUCUCCAAACUGAAUUAGAAAAAGCAGGUUUUACAGGGAAUGUGUUAGAAACUUCACAUAGAAAUUCUUUAGACAUUGAGCUUAACUUCAUUGAAAAUAAGUCAACCUCAACUUUGUUACAGGACAGUACAAAAGCUGAAAGUAAAGAAGAGUGCAUAAUGCCUGUAAGAGAAAAUUUGAGUAUCUCAUUGCAGUCUUCUCCAGAGCUGCAAAUAACUUCCAACUCACCCAAAACAGAAGAAAAGGCUUGUGCUGUGCAUCCAGAGUUUAAUCUGUUUCAAGAAGAAGCCAAACCCCCAUGUUUAGAUGUUGUUACCUGUGAUGUUAGCCCCCAAAAAGAAAUAAAUCCAGGCACUAAGACUGCCUUGAUUGAAGUGCUAUCCAGUGAUGCUGUAGCACAGAACAUUGAGGGUGAAUCACAUGACAUUUCCCCCCAAAGCAAAGAGUCCACAGAUAUCACCAAAAGCAAAGCACUUCAUUUUGAUGAAGAAACUGAUUGUAACAUGGGUACAAAAGAAGGGAACCAGGAUUUGGAAAACAAGUCAUCUUUAAGAGACCAUAAUGAUAGAAAUUUGCUAGAGAAAGAACAUGAAACUCUAGGAAUUUCAAAUCAGCUUACUUAUAAAGAAGCACCAAAAGAAGUAGGCUUGAUAUCCGCUCUUUCUUCUGAUUCCACAAGCCAAGACAGUCUCUUGGAAGAUAGCCUCUCAACACCCAUACAGACAUCUGAGCAAUCUGUAGAAACACCAGACUCUUUGGAUUCCUUAGAUGUCCAUGGAGUUUUAGAUUCUUUAGGUACUCAGAGUCCUCAGAAACUUGUGCCCCCUGAUAAACCUGCUGACAGUGGUUAUGAAACAGAGAAUCUGGAAUCUCCAGAAUGGACUUCCCAUGCCACUGUUGAUGAUACUUCAAAUACAGAUGCCACAUUAAUUAAUGAUGGCACUCUUACUGCUUUGCCUCCCAAUCCAGUUAUUGUAAUUUCAGAUGAAGCAGACAGCAACAAAGAUUUUGACUUGACCUCAAAGACUUUAGUAGGCAGUAUUCAAAACUCUUACAGAGACUCUGCCUAUUUUUCAGAUAAUGAUUCUGAGACUGAUAAGAAAAGUGAGGAUGUCACAGGAACAUCAGCGGCAUUGGCCUUAUUUACAAAAGAUCAGCCCCAAAGGGGUUUAUCCAGUACUGAACAGAGUUUCAAUGCCAAGCAAGGUUGUCACAAAGAGAGAGCUAACCAAAGCCCACUAUCUGGUUUGCAAAACACCAAUGAACCAGAGUUACAAAGCAUAUUGGACCCAGAACAGACUGGCACUCCAAGACAGGUUGAUGCAGCUGAAUUGGAGGCUGAAAAUCAUUUGACUCUCAUCCCGAGUUCCGAGUGUAACUAUAGUGAAGAAUUUGACAUUCUAGAUGAUCACUGCUGCAACCGCACUUCUACUGGCACCAAUACUGAUGAAUUACUUGCCUAUACAAAUGCUACCUUUGGUUCUGGAAGCCCUUCAGCAAUGGCAGGGGCCUCCUUUUCAACAGAUUUGAUGGGAGAUAAAGCCUUGUCCUAUUCUGAGGGUCCUAAAUUGAAGGAGCCAGAUAUUGAAGGAAAAUACCUGGGGAAACUUGGUGUUUCAGGAAUGAUUGAUAUUUCAGAAGAUGGAAUAGAUGCAGAUGAAGAAGAUGAAAAUAGUGAUGAUUCUGAUGAUGAUCUGAGAGCUUUCCAUCUUCACAGUCUCAGUUCCGAAUCAGAGGAUGAAACAGUACAUCCAGUGCCAGUGAUACUGAGUGAUAAUGAUAAUGGAAAACACUUAAGGAGUUUGCUGAAAUUGCCUACAUCUGUUGGAAGUGACAAGCCACCUGAUAAUUGGAGAAAAGAUAAGAAGGCAGUAACAUUCUUUGAUGAUGUCACAGUCUAUCUUUUUGAUCAGGAAACACCAACCAAAGAGCUAGGACACCGUGGAGCAGAAGCAAAUAAUCCAGAAUCUAAUAGUCCAACACCAUUAUUAGGUCCAAAUUACUUGAGCAGAUUUACAAACUCAGAAAGUUCAACUGAUGAAGAAGGUGGAGGUUUUGAAUGGGAUGAUGACUUCUCUCAAGAGUCUUUUAUGUCAAAAACAGCAGAUAACCUUGGUUCCAAGCCCUCUCUUCAAACAUCAAAGUACUUUUCUCCACCACCACCAUCUCGAAGUAUUGAACAAAGUUGGUCACAUUCAUCGCCUUAUUCCAGGUUUUCUAUCUCUCCUGCCAACAUUGCAAGUUUUUCUCUUACACAUCUUACAGAUUCAGAUAUUGAACAAGGAGGAAGCAGUGAAGAUGGAGAAAAAGAUUAAGUGGGUAAAAGACUUUUUGUAUCAGAAACUGCUCAUACAAGACAGCAUGCCCACACUGAUGGCCUACACGGUGUAAAUACUGAUAAACACGGUUGUGUUCAGAGCCACUGUAUGUAGGCUUCUGCCCGGAGUAGGAAGAAGAGAAUCAAGAAACACAGGAAAAAAAAAUGUUGAAUCAGGACUUUUGAUGUGUAUUUGUAAUGUGUGUUUUUAAUCAGUGCAAUUUGCUUUUCAUUUGGAAGAGAUGAAUCUACAGCUGUUUUAAAAAAAAAACUUGAAGUAUUAAUUCUUCAGGCAAUUGUUAUUUGUAAUAAACUUGUAAAGCAGUUACACAACCUUCUGGUUAUGUAUGGGAUUGUAUCAUAUUCUUUUUAUAUUUUUCCAUGUAGUUUAUUCUAUUUGAACCUACACCUGUCAUAGAAUUAUAUAUAAUUGUGUCUGUACAACAGGUGGCUGUGUCACUGAAACCGUAUGAAUGAUAGUUGGUCAGUAGUGAGCCAUAUUUAUUCUUGGGGGAGGGGGGAAAGAUCACUAAAUACAUAUUACCUUGCUUUCUGUAAUUGCACUAUGGAUGUAUGUUCCCAGAUUCCCCAUUGUACAGAAUCAGAAUCAUAAAUUAUUCAAGGAAAAUAAAGCAGGUGGGGCUAGAGCUGUUCUCUAGUUUGAUUUCUCCUGUUUUAUAUUUUAUUUGCUAUGCAUGGUACUUGUAAAAUUUAAAUGAGUGUUAUGCUGUUGUAGAAUUUGCUGGUAUCUUACACCCAGUACCAUUUUUCAAAAUGAUAAAUGAUUCUGAAUGUUACAGUGUUCAUAUCUUUAUAGGAAAUAUUUUCAAGGAGUCUGAAAACACUGAUCUGGGUUGCUAACUGAAUAAAAAUGCAUUUUCCUUUCUUCUCCUAGAGCAACUUUGAUAUAAAAUAGGCUACUUUCCAAAUAUUUGAAGGGGCUUUCCACUCCUGAUUCUUGUUUGUUUCUGAAGGGACAUGGAAAUGAUUUCACUCCUAAUAAGCUCCCUGGGCUAAAAAUUAAAGCAAGUAAGUAAAGUAAAGGCUGGCCCCAACCAAAUUUCUUAGCUUGUAUUCAUUAGAUUUGAGAUCAUUAAGUCAGGUACUUCAUAGUAAUAUCAUGAAGUUUUUCCAAAAUUUAAUUGAAAAGACCAGACUUUUAUAUUGACAGCUUCACUUACCUUUGCUUUUAGAAAGGCAGACAUGCCAGAAAUGAAAAUGGGAAACAUUUCGCCUAAAAUCUCUCCACCCUAAAAUAAGUCCAAGUUGAUUGCUGCUUACCUACACUCCAUUGACACUUGAUGUGAGCAGCCAAAUGAGUCAGCAGCCUCCCAAGAUGAGCCUGGUUGACUCCAAGUAGUUCUCCUGAUUAGUGUGGUAGUCAGCCCAUGGAAUGAGUAAUAUGGUGCAGUUUAGCAUGACAGCUGGCUUUAAAAUUUUUUUUUGCUAUAACAGAUCCUUCGGGUAUUUCUGUUAUUGACCUGGGCACAAAGAAGUCAUUCUCUUCUUUCUUUCUUUUUAAAGCAGGGAUUUGGGGAAAUUUGCCACUAGAUGGGCAUGACCGUAAGCUGGCCCCAGUGCUCAUGGGACUGGAUAUUUCCUCAUGGAAUAAGUCACAGUGCUGCUUUUUUGUUGUUUAAAAGCACUUGAUUUUUAAGAGACUGGAAUGCUUCAGAAAUAGCUUUGUUGUGAUUGUGCAGAGAAGGAGUAAAGGGGCUUCUAGGACUCAAAACGGACAAUGUUUACUUUUGAAACUCGAUAGUGGCCACAGGUAAGCCUAGUGUUCAGCUUCCCCAAAUGCAUUGUUUACAGUUGCCAAAAAGAUGCAGUGAUAUUGUGCUGAGUGAAGAAUCAGGUUCAUGGUGAAGCCAUUUAUCAGAAGGGAAAGUUUGCCAAACAGUAGCUUAGUUGAUGCCAUAGAACAUUGUUCUUUUAUGUCAAGUAUUCUUAAGAUCCAAGUAGAAAAAGCCUUACUGUCUUUAGUAAGUGUAUUUUAUGGUCUCCACUACACUAAUAGCUUUGAAAACAUUGUAGGGCACACUCUGACUAAAUGUUUAAAAACAAAAAAUAUAUAUAUACAUAUAUAUAUUUAAAAUCAGUAGGCCAGAGCACUUUUGAUCUCAAUUCAUUAAUGCAAAUUUUUACAAAAUCUCUAAGUUUAUAUAGUAAAAUUAUGUACACAUCAACUAAUUUCUUGUUGUAGCAUUAAAUUUCCAGAGGGGGAAAAAUUCAAAAUAGAGACUGUGACCCUUUUUUAAACCACUACUUGUUGUGUACACUAGACCCUUGCAAGAGUCCUCAAAGAGCAUGAAACCUUAUUUCAGAAACCAUAUUCACGUGUGCAUGCAUGUGCUUGCGUGUGUGUGUGUGUGUGUGUGUGUGUGUGUGUGCGCGCGCGCGCGCUUUCUUUUAAAUCACAGGGCAUUACAGAAUGAUUAUGCCAAAAUUAAACCUCAACUGAAUUUCUUGCUAUGGAGACUCCUUGAGUAUUAGUAAUAAAUGAAAUGUUUUCUAGCGAAACACUGACCUAAAGCAAGUCCAAAAUGGGAGGCUGCUCUACUUAUUUUACAAACUAUGAAAAUUCAGCUUGAGCUGCUGACAUCAGACAACUUACACAAACACUGAUUAGAGCACCUGCUGACACAUUGCGCUGGGUGCUGGGGAUUCAAAGACCAAAUAAAAAAACAUGCCCCUCCCCCAACAAGGUCAGCCCAGCAAGGUUUUUCUUCAAACUUGUAGGCAAUUUCUUUUUCUCCGUGUAUAAAGAGCAUAGCUCCUAUUUAGUAGAUUUUUUUUAAAAAAAUAGUACUACCCUGAGCCUAAAUGAUAUGUAACUAGUUGCCAAACAUGCAUUUUUCUAUGAUCAAUUUAGAUUGGAAUUUUGGGGGAAAUCUUAUUGUCUUAGGAUAUGAAAGGUAGAAUUUAUUUACUAAUUGUGUGUUAACAUACAUUUUUGACCUUUCAAGCAAUACACAAUAAAUGGUUCAAUAAAAUAGAUUUACAGUUGUCAAUUCUGUAUAUUUGGAAAUAGCAGCAUGUAGUUCAUUGUUCAAAUUUAGUUGGGGUUUUUUUUGGUUAUGAGCAGUAGGAUUUUUUUAAAGAGUUACUUGUUCUAAAACAGAUUAUGCAAUUGAAAGUUAAACCAUUGGGAUUCUUCAGAUUAUAGAUAGACUUGGCUUAUAAUACUUGAUCCACAACAAAUAUUUAUUCCUAAACUUCCUUUUGAUGGUCUAAAAAGUAUCCAAUUUUAGAUUGCAUCAUAGUUUUCAGUGAUUUAUUGCUGAAUAGCUGGAUUCUAUCAAUUAAACCCCAUAAUAUCUACCCUUUUAGCUUUUGUCACCUAGUUAACCGAUUUUCUCAGAUGACCCCAUUAUCAGCCUAAAAUAGAAAUUCGUAAAAAGUGCUUCCAAAGUCUCUAAUAACCUGAUUUAAUGUGUAUAAAUUAGGCCUUCAGGGGAAAUAAACUACAAAUGUGUUUAAUUUGAAACAGAACAUUUGGUAUGUUUUUUAGACAUGCAGGUGGAUGGGUAACCAUUUCUGUAGAAAUGGGCUUAUCCAGGAAAGGUUGUUGUAUUUCUGCUGCGCUAAAAAUCCUUUCAAGCCACUUCCUUUUAUCAACAUUUUGAAUAGUAAAUUUCUAGGAUUUUGUGAAUCGGUUUUCGUGUGUGUGUGUGUGUGUGUGUGUGUGUGUGUGUGUGUGUGUGUGUGUGUGUGUGUGUGUGUGGAGUGGCUUGGCUAGUUUUAAACUAUGUACUAAGCACUUCAUUGAAAACUUCAAAAGUGAAUCAAGUGUUAUAAUUCAUUGUUUGGAUAUGGUAAUGGGUAGCAUCAAAAUAUAUUAGCCUUAUGAGAAACAGCCUUAAAAUAAGAAUGGGGUAUACAAAAUAACUUCAGCUUUAAGUCACAAAAACAUAUUCUAAGAUUUAAUGGUAUUGAUUCAAGUCUUUGAUUUGGGGGGGGAAAGAAUUGCUGUAAUAAAGAGGACCUUAAAGAUGUGUUGACAGUAUUUGCAAUACCAGCAGCCUGUUAAAGAUACGUUUGAAUGACUUAAAAUAAUUUGGUUUUGUUUAAUAAGUUGUUCAGAUUUGCACAGGCCUAGGUGUAACUUGAUAAUGGUACUGAUGUAUAUAUAAUGUUGAAUUCUAUUUGUAAAUGAAGAAUUAUAUAAUAAAAUCAUAGGUAUGAGGGUUUUCAUAUUGUAAUUUAAUACAGGUAUGGUUUAUGGCAAUAUCAUAGUUGAUGAAAUUUCAGAUCAAAUUGUCUUUAAAUUGUGUACAUUUUUAAAUUGUAAGAUUUCUACUGUAUAUUGAUCAUGCAUAGUGUGAUUCAAUAAAAUGCUUGUAAUUUAAAAACUAUUUAAUAUUCCAAAUAAAAAUAUAGUUAUAUAUUUAUAA